CGCUGCCCGCAGGAGAACUACAAUCUUGUUGACCCCCAGUUCAGACUUUCUUCUCUCUCAUUGCUUCAUCCUAGUAGCUUUUUGCAUUAGCAAUGCAAAGAGCUUUAUCCCCUGAUGGUCGGAAUUUGCUGUGCAUGGAAGGACCUGAAGAAGAGGCAGAAAAACCUGUGAAAACUAAGACUGUUUCUUCCAGUAAUGGAGGAGAAAGUUCGAGUCGCAGCGCAGAGAAACGGGCAGCUAAUGAAGAAGCUGAAGACUUCACCACAAAACCUGCUCCUGCCAAAAUGUCCAAGUUUGGAUUUUCCAUAGGCAGUCAGACAACAAAGAAGGCAUCUGCAAUAUCCAUCAAACUGGGAGCAAAUAAGCCGAAAGAGCCUGUUCCAACCCUGGCUCCAAAAACCCUUUCUGUAGCAGCAGCUUUCAACGAAGAUGAAGAUAGCGAACCAGAGGAAAUGCCCCCUGAAGCCAAGAUGCGCAUGAAGAACAUCGGAAGGGAUACACCAACCUCAGCAGGACCAAAUUCGUUCAAUAAAGGAAAGCAUGGAUUUUCUGACAACCAGAAGCUAUGGGAACGAAAUAUAAAAUCUCAUCUUGGAAAUGUCCAUGACCAAGAAAAUAACUAAAUGAUGUGGAUUACAAGUUGGGUGUUUUGGGGGGAGGGGAGGGUGUAACAUUAAAGGAACAGUUUCCUUUUUUAAGAAUGGUAUGAGACUAUCUUUGGAGCCACUUUUUUAAGACUUUGAGUGGUACACUAAUAAAUGAGUUUGAAAUUAGAGGUAAUUUAUGUUUUGUAUACAGAUUUCAAGGCAUUUGCUAAUUUUGUAGUUCAUGUGAUUAGUUUCAAAAGGUUACAGAUAAUAAAGAAAUUGGAGUGGUACCUUUUUAAGAUAAUUUUUUUUGUCAGUGAUUAAAUAAGGUGGAUGAAAAAGGUUACUGUCUCUUUAAUCAGGUUAAAAUUGAAUGCUCUUGCAUUCUCACUUCUGGCUCCCUCUUCAUAACAGGAGAAACACUUGACUCCUAGGAAUUCUGCUAACGAGAGCGAGCAUUGUCUUGUGCUAGAAGUGUUACUGGACUAUUAAUUUGAGUAUAAUCUUACACAGGAAAUAAUAAGAACCUGGAUUUUUUUUCUCCCUGCAGUCACCUUUUGUUAAGUCUCUGCAAACUAGGAAUUAUGUUGCUCUGAGUGGCUCUGGUAACUUAGCUCUGAUUUUGUUUAAAACUUCAUGUAGGAUGUGUAACCUUCAGUGGCCUGUUCUGUCCUAAGGAAAUGGGCCUUGUCUGUAUAUUAGAUACAGUCUGUAAAGAAUAGUCACUACAAAGGUAAAAUCAGUCUUUUCAGUGUGCUCCUUUUAAGUCAUUAGCCUUGAGUAGUGCUUGUUAGCAUUUCCUAGUGGUACACAAAAGCCACCACCAAAAAUACAAGCUAAUGUACAUUAAGCUUCACCUUUGGUUGAAAUAUUUUUCUUUACUAUGCCUAGAAGGAAUAAAAGCCACACCAAAAAUCGGUAACUCACUGCUUAAGUAUGAAAAAUCUAAGAUGCACUUUCCCUGUCUUGCCAUUUAAGACAAAAUGCCUUGAUGCCUAUGACCUCAGUGGACACUAUCAGGUUGAGGAAUGCUGUAUCACACUCCUGAUGUUUCUAACAAGUGUCAACUUUGGAAAUAAAACUUGACCUUUUCCUGCCUGUCUUCCUUUUGCAGUGAUUUGCAGCAGUGACAUGAAUCUGGUCAGUUUAUUUCUUAGCUUCCAUACUGCAGGAGGGUGCUGAAGGAUUUUGGUGCUAGUAAUGACUGUCUAAAUUUCAGUCUAAUUUAGAUUGUGUAUUUGUAGAACAUUUUGCUAACAAAACUGGUUAAAUAUAACAUUAUCAACAGCAACACCACCACCUGCCCCAAGAGCACCACCUCCCCUACCCCAAACAAACAUAAUACUUUUUUAAAACUCAAAUACCUGAUAGUGUCAACCACUAAAUUAAUUUCAGCUGGAAAAUGGUUGUAGCAUUCAAUACAUUAAUUGCUUUCAUCUUGCCUCUGAAACUGUCUUCUUGCUAAAGUUGAACUUGCAAGUGCAGAAAGGAAAGUGCAUCUUGAAAUGUAUUUUUUUAUCAUUAUUAUUAUUAUUAUUUUAGGAAAGCUCUGACCACUUAGACUUUUGAGUUUGUAAGUUCUAAAAAUAUUUUUUUGUAUUUUUGUAUUGUAUGUGUAAUCUUUUUUCUUUUGAAGUCUGAUGCAGUUGAAUACCUGUAACUGUUUUCUUUUAAAAGCCUUGUUAUAAACUUAACAUAAAAAUGUAUACAUUAUUUUUCUUCCAUAGCAGAAAUAUUUGGUUUAUUUAAAACUAAACACAGUUUCAAAAGUGACUUUCAGGACUUCCAAAACCAAUUUGGGCAUUAAUGGAACAAGCCAAGACAAACUUUUCACUUUUUUUCAUCACAUGUGGUUAUGUUUGUCUAAAUAAAUCCCUUUAAGAUAGUGGUAA